AUGAUUGCGAUGGGGGGCUGGCUGGCUGGCUGGCUGGCUGAAGCAGAAGGGGGUGAGCAAAGUGGUCACGACUCAGGAAGUGAAUCAUCGGACCAAACUCGCGCCCAACGAUCGGCGGCGGCGGAGGACGAGGAGGAGGACGAGGAGGACGAGGACGAGGAGGAGGACGAGGACGAGGACGAGGACAAGGACAAGGAGGACGAGGACGAGGACGAGGAGGAGGACGAGGACGAGGACGAGGACAAGGACAAGGAGGAGGAGGACGAGGACAAGGACAAGGAGGACGAGGACGAGGACAAGGACAAGGAGGACGAGGACGAGGACGAGGAGGAGGACGAGGACGAGGACGAGGACAAGGACAAGGAGGAGGAGGACGAGGACAAGGACAAGGAGGACGAGGACGAGGACAAGGACAAGGAGGACGAGGCAGAGGAAGAGGAAGCGGAAGUCAGCCAGUCCGUCCGUCCGUCACUUGCCUACUACGGCGCUCGCCUUGAGACGCGGCAGAUAAGAUCAAGCCAAGCCUGGGGCAAUUGCUUUCCUGCAUGCAGACAUCAUCGCCAGUCCUUCUGUGCCUCCGUACUCGAGACACGCGACGAGACCUGUGGGAAUCAUUGGCUUUGGCACCAUUGCCAAACGCUCUCCCUCGGAGCAAAGAAGAUUGAAGCAGCAGCCAUGGCAGACCAUCCCUCACCCAAGUCGGCAACAUCGCCAGGUCACAUGCCCCGCUCGUCAAGUGUACCACGCCUCGCUAGCUCCAAGCUGUUCCUUCCACUGGCCGACUCGUCUGCUUUGUCCACGCGAGGACAGCACCUACCCACACUCUUGUCGCGUCGCCCAUCCACCAUUCGCAGCAAUGAACGCAGGGGCAGCGAGACCGACGAGGAAGACCUCGAGAGCCUCAGGCAGAAUGGCCUCUUCAUGCCCUAUGACAGAGACACGGAUCGUCGAAGCAGCACGGGCGCGCAUGCCUUGAACACGCCGCAGAUGAGAAGUCAAAGGCUGAUUGGUAAUUCCAAUCCCCGAUACAAAUGGGAAAAAUAUUUCAAGAGUGACGAGGAGCUCAAGACGAUGAAAAAGGCAAUGCAGAAUUACCUCUACAUCGAUCGCCUGCUCGACUCGUCCCUGCCACACAACUUGAUUCAAGAAUACACAAACCUCGAAUCUGGCACCGUCAAGAUUCCCACCACCAUCACCGAGGAAUCCUCCGCGACCAUAAGUCCCAUCCCAACCCCAGGCAAUAGUACCCCAGGCUUCACCAGCGAGGCGGGAAGCCUCCUCCCCUCCAGUCGUUCAUCGGACAACUAUGGCACAAACGGUACUCCGAUGGGCACCAACGGCGCCCCGAAACCCAUGGUCAAGCGCACACCGAAGAAUCUCUACAAAGUCCCAGAACCCGACGAGAACACGCCUUUGAUCUCCCACGACGAUGCCAUCCAAGAUGAAGAUGAUGAUGAGAAUGAGGAAGACUCCGUCCAUAAUGCGAAGCUAAAGGAUUGGGUUCCAGAAGAAGAUGAAGACACGGAAUCCCCCAUUGUAAAGCUAGCCCUCUAUGUCAACCUCGUUGCAAACACCAUUCUUCUCAUCAUGAAGAUUGUCGUCGCAGUCAUGACUUCCUCCCUUUCCGUGCUCGCCUCCCUCGUCGACGCUGCACUCGACUUCCUUUCUACGGCCAUUGUCUGGUUCACCAGCUGGAUGAUUGCGCGUCAAGACCGCUACGCCUACCCUGUAGGUCGCCGGCGUCUCGAGCCCAUUGGCGUGCUCAUCUUCUCCGUAAUCAUGAUGACAUCCUUCUUCCAAGUCGGCAUCGAAGGUCUCUCGCGCCUCUCCGGCUCCGACCACACCGUCGUCGAGCUCACCAUCCCCGCCGUCGCAAUCAUGGCGUGCACGGUCGUCAUCAAGGGCCUCUGCUGGCUCUGGUGCCGCCUCAUCCGCAACUCGUCGGUUCAAGCGCUCGCCCAAGACGCAAUGACCGACGUCGUCUUCAACACCUUCUCCAUCCUCUUCCCCCUCGUCGGCUACUUUUUCAAAAUCUGGUGGCUCGACUCCCUCGGCGGCAUCUUGCUGUCCGCAUACGUCAUCAUCAACUGGAGCCGCACCUCUGCAGAGCACAUCCGCAACUUGACGGGCGCCAGUGCGACGGCCGACGAGCGCAAUAUUCUGCUCUACAUGACGAUGCGGUUUGCAAAGAGCAUCAAGCGGAUCCAGGGUCUGCAGGCGUAUCACGCAGGUGACAAGUUGAAUGUCGAGGUCGACAUUGUGGUGGACGAACACAUUAGUCUGAGAGAUAGCCACGAUCUUGGCGAGUCGUUGCAGUAUGUUCUUGAAAGUGUACCCUAUGUCGACCGCGCAUUCGUGCACAUUGAUUACACGGAUUACAACUUCCCAACGCACAUGUCGCAGCAAGAGUAG